UACGCGGUUCGUAGCGGUGAGCGAUGGAAAAGCGGCGGAGAGAGGAGGCCCGGUGGGACGAGCCUGCGCGCGCGCCACCCCGCGCGUAUUUAUUGGCAAGGCCACGCCAGCGGCGCGCCAGUGCGCAAGAGUCGCUCGCACGCGAUAUACAAUCACGACGCAGCGUUCACCACUUAUCGUCGCGAUCUACGCUGCGCGCUAAUGUUUCGUUCCGUAUCUCAAUAUACGUAGAGUCUUUCUUUUUAUCCGUUAAAUAAAAGCCGCAAACAUGUUAUCAAUAUUCACAAACUCUAGAAUUUUAUGGGGGCUAUGGCAGAUCGUGUGCUACAGCUCGACGCGAGCUACGUUACCUCUGGUGCUGGGUGUGGUGCUAGUGUACCUCACGGCGUGGCUAUUGGUCCUGAUCCGGGAGACGCGCAAACUGCCGCCAGGCCCGUGGGCACCUCCCAUCGUGGGCUACCUGCCCUUCCUUGGUGUUCGGCAUAAAACGUUCCUGUCACUCGCGAGAAACUAUGGUCCGUUGUUCUCGGCUCGACUGGGCAACCAACUGACGGUCGUCCUCUGCGACUACAAACUCAUCAGGGAAGCGUUCCGUCGCGAAGAGUUCACCGGUCGCCCUAGCACACCACUCAUGCAUACGUUGGAUGGUCUUGGUAUCAUUAAUAGUGAGGGCCGCCUGUGGAAAAACCAACGCCGGUUCCUACAUGAAAAGCUUCGCGAAUUCGGUAUGUCGUACAUGGGCAACGGCAAGAAAAUCAUGGAAAGUAGAAUUAAGAGUGAAGUUUACGAGCUGAUAACUAACUUGCAACGCACGGAAGGCGCGCCCGUAGACGCGAACCCGUUGCUCGCUUUGGUCGUAUCGAAUGUAAUUUGCGGUAUCACGAUGUCCGUACGCUUCAGUCACGGCGAUUUACGCUUCGAGAGGUUAAACCAUCUCAUUGAAGAGGGCAUGCGGCUAUUUGGCGAAAUACAUUACGGAGAAUACAUUCCAUUAUACAACUAUCUACCCGGAAAGGCACUUGCACAGGAGAAAGUUGCCAGAAAUCGUGAAGAAAUGUUUGCUUUUUAUCAAACUCUAAUAAAUGAGCAUCGCGACACUCUCGAUCUUGAUAACGCCAGAGAUCUUAUCGAUGUUUAUCUUAUUGAAAUUGAAAAAGCGAAGAAUGAAGGCAGAGAAGGCGAACUUUUUGAAGGCAGAGAUCAUGAACUACAAAUCAAACAAAUUCUUAGUGACCUGUUUUCGGCCGGUAUGGAAACGAUCAAAUCUUCGUUGCUGUGGAUGAUUGUGUUCAUGCUUAGAAAUCCCGAAGUCAAAAGGCGAGUUCAAGAGGAAUUGGAUAGCGUUAUCGGAAGCGAUCGUAUUAUCACAGUUGAAGAUAUGCCAGACCUCGUAUAUACAGAAUCAACAAUCUUGGAAACGUUGCGGAUGUCAAGCAUCGUACCUCUCGCGACUACACACUCGCCAACAAAGGAUGUCAACCUAAACGGCUACAGGAUCCCUGCAGGCUCUCAAGUCGUACCUCUUAUAAACUGCGUACACAUGGACCCCACCCUCUGGGAAGAACCGAGCAAGUUCAACCCGAGCAGAUUCAUCGACGAAGCCGGCAGAAUUAAGCGACCGGAGUUCUUCAUGCCAUUCGGAGUGGGUCGCCGAAUGUGUCUAGGUGACGUUCUCGCCCGUAUGGAGAUGUUCAUGUUUUUCGCGACCAUCAUGCACCAGUUCGACAUCCAAAUGGAAGCGGGUGCUGCUCCUCCUUCCUUGGAAGGUACGGUCGGAGCAACAAUUUCACCGCAAUCGUUCCGCGUGCGCUUCUUGCCACGCUUGAUAAACGCGGCAAAUCUUGCACCCGAUCAUCCCCAUUUGCGCCAUGUCGGAGCUCACUAGAACAGCUCCUAUUGCCGCCAUGGGCGUACCUAGGAUAUUUACUAGAUAGCUAUGUAUAAUGAUUUCGACGCUACAAUAUUUCGAUCACGCACCAUCUCGAUGUUAUAUUACAGCGCUUCAGAAUUUGCGAAGUCUUAGCAACACCCUAGUUACGCUCAUGUUUGCCAGAAAAACCCACAUACCCACCAGUAUUCAAUGAUCACUCGUUUUAGAGCGUAUCGA